AUGGAGUUCAAGUCAGGGCAGACGGGUGCACUUAAGUUACAACUCAUCCACAGACCCACACCUACCCCAGACCACUUUACAGGGCACAGCACGCCCCCACCCACUCCUAUACCACACUGCUUCACAGAGCACAGCACGCCCCCACCUACCCCACACCGCUUCACAGAGCACAGCACGCCCCCACCCACUCCUAUACCACACUGCUUUACAGAACACAGCACGCCCCCACCUACCCCACACCGCUUUACAGGGCACAGCACGCCCCCACCCACUCCUAUACCACACUGCUUUACAGAACACAGCACACCCCCACCUACCCCACACCGCUUCACAGAGCACAGCACGCCCCCACCUACCCCACACCGCUUUACAGAGCACAGCAUGCCCCCACCCACUCCUAUACCACAAUGCUUUACUGAACACAGCACGCCCCCACCUACCCCACACCGCUUCACAGAGCACAGCACGCCCCCACCUACCCCACACCGCUUUACAGGGCACAGCACGCCCCCACCCACUCCUAUACCACACUGCUUUACAGAACACAGCACGCCCCCACCUACCCCACACCGCUUCACAGAGCACAGCACGCCCCCACCCACUCCUAUACCACACUGCUUUACAGAACACAGCACGCCCCCACCUACCCCACACCGCUUCACAGAGCACAGCACGCCCCCACCCACUCCUAUACCACACUGCUUUACAGAACACAGCACGCCCCCACCUACCCCACACCGCUUCACAGAGCACAGCACGCCCCCACCCACUCCUAUACCACAAUGCUUUACAGAACACAGCACACCCCCACCUACCCCACACCAUGGUCAUGGUGAUACCAACUCUAAUGAAGAAACCCAUUGA